GAGGGCAGUAGGUUUGUACAGGGUCCCAGGGUCCUCAGAAUACAUCAAACAGCUGAAGAUGGCUUUUGACCGAGAAUGGGAGAAAGUGGUUCUCAGUGAAGAUGUUUAUCCCGACAUUCACAUCAUCGCUGGAGCCCUAAAGCUUUACCUGCAGGGCCUGCCCAUCCCUGUCAUCCCCUAUCACCUGUACUACACCUUUAUACAGGCUGCAGGCCUGCCCGACCCUGGGGCCAGGCUGGAGGGGAUCCACGAGGCCGUGCUGCAGCUCCCCCGCGCGCAUUAUGAGGCGCUGCGCUACCUGGCAGCACACCUGAAGAGGGUGGCUGCUUUUGAGAAGCAGAACUUCAUGAGCGCGGAGAAUCUGGGCCUGGUGUUCGGGCCGACACUGAUGCGCAAGCCGGAGGACAGCGGCCCCAUGUCCCUGGACCACAUGUGGAAGCAGAGCCUCAUCGUGGAGCUGCUGAUUCAGAACGAGGACAUCCUGUUUUAGAGAGGGGCUGGGGUCUACUUCCUGUGACCGCUGCAUCUGUUUAAAGAUUAUAAUUAUCAUUGCUUCCUGUAUCUUAUGAAACAUUUGCCAUUUUAUAAUUUAUAAUGUCAUUUAGCACAUUAAUACUCUCAUUGAGCACUUUAUGAAGUAUUUAUUACACUUAUUGUUUUGACUCAUUAAGUCUUCUGCUGCUGUAGCCUAUCCACUUAGAGGUUUGAUGCGUUGUGUGUUCUUCACCCAGUCUGGCCCUCUCACCUCUCAUUAACAAGGCAUUUUCUGUCUGCAGAACUGCUGCUCACUGGAUGUUUUUUGUUUUUCACACCCUGCAAACUCUGCAAGCUCUAGAGACUGUUGUGUGUGAAAAACCCCAGGAGAUCAGCAGUUUCUGAGAUACUCAAACCACCCUGUCUGGCACCAACAAUCAUUCCACGGUCAAAGUCACUUAGAUCACAUUUCUUCCCCAUUUUGACAUUUGGUCUGAACAACAGCUGAACCUCUCGACCAUGUCUGCAUGCUUAUGCAUUUAGUUGCUGGCACAUGAUUGGCUGAUUAAAUGCAUUAAGAGACAUGUGUAUCUAAUAAAGUGUAUAUUGAUGGAAAAGUUGUGCAUUUAUUAUGAGUGAGCAUUCCGGGUGCUUUUGUUCAUCUGGUCCCUAAAUUAUUUUUUUAUUCAAUUCAUUCAUUGCCAUUUUACUAUGGGUACCAUUUAAGAUUGGUUUGCCAAAAUAAAUGUGCAUACAAUA